CUGUGUUUGUUGGAUAUUGUUAGGGUGGGCUUCCUGUGUAUCCAAUCCGCCAUUUGUUGGAGAACGUAAUUUUCUUUUUUACAAGAGUUUUACGUAACUUCAUCCCUACCGACGGAAAUAUUCGAGUUCAGCAGCGAAAUUAAUGAGGUAGUAUUUGGUUCCAUGUUAAACCAUGCUUAAAGUGCUGAGGUACUCGUUUCUUUGCAUGCUUCUUGUUACACUCGCCCUAUUUGUCAUCUACACUUUCUUUCCUGGCGUCAUAGACACAGCCGCUGGAUUUUGGGAAUCGAAUACCAACUCAAGUUUCUUUGACACAUCCGGGGCUUUUAGCUGUGGUAGCCAAUGGGCGAAGCGCUACAAGGCCUUCCACGCGAAAAGCCUUAAGUCACGUGACCGGAAGUUCAUGGUGUACUACUGUAGCGGACGGGACACAGGUUGUGGUGGCUAUGGCAACCGACUACUUGGCCUCGUUUCCGUGUUCUAUCUUUCGGUGCUUAUGAACAGAACGUUUUUGAUUCACUGGGGAGGACCUGAGAACUUCCAGGAUUACUUCCGGCCUAACCAGAUAAACUGGAUUUACGACAAAACCCGUAUAGCUGGUCUUUCGGCCCGUAGUACUUAUUUUGGGGUUAAUUCUGUGCCGGAUUAUGAUCGGUAUAGUGCUCUAAAGAUGAAGGAUUUCCACAACUGGGUGCAAAAGACUCGAAUGGAACACUACUUUGAUCGACCUGUCGAGAAAAUUGGCGUCAUCUGGUACUUUGCGAAUAUAUUACGGAACAAUCCUCAUCUUAACAAGCUUGCACGGGAUGCUGGGAUACCCGAGCCUAGGGAUGAGUUCCCGUACGGCAUGCUGGGAUGCGCUAUGCAAUUUCUUUUUAAAAAGUCUUUAGCACUACAGCGGGAAUACAGCAAAGCGUACGAAGCAUUCGGUUCUCGGCCACGACCGAUUCUGGGGAUUCAUAUACGAACAAGUGAUCAUCAUUUCGGGAGUUUUAACGAUUUCAGCUAUCGAACUCGCAACCCGAGACGUGUUUUCGCAUGCGCGCGCCAGGUCGAGGCUAUAAUUAAACGGAAAGGCCUGGUAACACAGAAGCAAGCAGUCACGUGGUUCUUAGCCGCUGAUGACGUCAAGCUGAAAAGGCAGGCCCUGAAGGACUACCCUGAUCACGUGAUUACCCUUGACAUUGAGCCCAGGCAUCUUGAGUACAGUAACUCUGCAGAUGCCGUGUUUAUGGACUUAUUGGUUGACUUUCUGUUGCUUUUGGAAUGUGAUUAUUUCAUCGGAACUCGGAUGAGUACGUAUAGUUCUGCUGUGCUUGGCACAAGGCAGUUCAGCACACAGAGUUUUGUGUACGGGGAGCCUUGUGAGUUAAACCAGAAUGCUUUAGAGUUAUCUUCACCCCCACACAAAACCUAACCCCCUCCCACCAUGUACACAGAUCAAGCUAUAGAGUUAACCCCACCACCACACAAAACCUAAACUCUUCCCUGGUAAACAGGUCCAGUCGAACCGCUUUCCUGAUACACAGAUAAAGAGUUAUCCCCACCCUCACACUCAGCCUUACCACUUCCAUCAAGCUAUAGAGAUACCCAUUUUCCCUGGUACACAGAUAAAGAGUUAUCCCCACCCUCACACUCAGCCUUACCACUUCCAUCAAGCUAUAGAGAUACCCAUUUUCCCUGGUACACAGAUAAAGAUUUAUCCCCACCCUCACACUCAGCCUUACCACUUCCAUCAAGCUAUAGAGAUACCCAUUUUCCCUGGUACACAGAUAAAGAGUUAUCCCCACCCUCACACUCAGCCUUACCACUUCCAUCAAGCUAUAGAGAUACCCAAUUUCCCUGGUACACAGAUAAAGAGUUAUCCCCACCCUCACCACUUCCAUCAAGCUAUAGAGAUACCCCUUUUCCCUGGUACACAGAUAAAGAGUUAUCCCCACCCUCACACUCAGCCUUACCACUUCCAUCAAGCUAUAGAGAUACCCCUUUUCCCUGGUACACAGGUCAGGCUACAGAGUUAUCCUCACCCUCACACAAAAUGAAAUACUCCCCUUGAACACGGGUCAAGCCAAGGGAGCACGGCAGAAUGUGUUCCUAUUAAACGCGCGAUUGGUUUUAUUACGAAAAUAAACCACUUAGGUAUGCAACACCUCCUGGCAUUAUGAAGUGGAUUAUGUUUGUCAACAGGGUCUUUGUUCGUUUCAUCGGUUACAGACCGCCCGAAGAUAUCGGAUACGCGUUCUUACUCUCUCCCCUCGGAUGGGAUUCGGGUAUUAUCGACCCUGUUGACAAACAUAAUCCACUUCAUAAUCCGAGCCCCACACCCCCAACAGCGCAACUGAUAUCUCCCUUCACAAAACAAACACACAUGACGCGUUGUAUAACAAAGUGGUUUAUUUUCAUAGUAAAUGAAACACAUUCUGCCGUGAUCCCUUGGUCAAGCUAUGGAGUUAUCCCCUCUCAAACACACUGCACAACCCCUUCCCUGGUACACAUGUCAAGCUUUUUAAAGAUCCCUAGUCAACCAUUUUUUUUUUGUAAAAAAAAAAUACAAAUAAUGUGAAAAAGAAACGAUAAAUUGCAUAUUCAUUAAGAUGGAAAUUGA